GGACAAACCAAUAAUCAACUCACUUGCAGCCAUUAGUGGGAAGACGUUUACAGUAAUAUUGCGACUAUAUUUGGUCUAUUUUUUUAACAAUGUACCGGCCAAAUAACCCGCGCUUUAACGUCCCACCUGGUGCAAACAGAGGACAGCAUUUUGGACCCGGACAUAGCGGGAGGGCACCAGAAGAUUUCAGAAAGAAUGUACCACCACCACAUGUUCAAAAUAAAGAUGCAGGCAAAUCCAAUCAACCUCAAGCUCCAAAUCUACCACCAGCACUUAAAAAAACACUUGGCCCAGAGAUUAACAAAUGGAAAUCGUCGUUCACAACAGUCAAUGAAGAUGAUGAGGGCACGAAAAGCAGCUGUGACAAAAGAGGCUCUCCAGACAGAAGUAGACCCAGGUCUCACUUGUAUGACCCCUAUGAACCCAUCAAGUCUGACUCUGAUGAUCACCCAUUCCCAGAACCACCUGAGGAAAGCAAGAAGUCUCGUAGCCGCUGGGAUAUCGAUGCGAGGCAGCGGGCGUCAGAGAAGCGGGCGUCAGAGAACAGGGCGUCAGAGAACAGGGCGUCAGAGAACAGGGCGUCAGAGAACAGGGCGACAGAGCACAGGGCGACAGAGCACAGGGCGACAGAGCACAGACCAGAGAUUGCCACUACGGUUCCAUUAUCACCACCCCCACAACCACCCCCACUUCUACCACACCAACAACAACCACCCCUACUUCUACCACCCCCACUUUUACCACCCCACCAUCUACCACCCCACCAUCUACCACCCCACCAUCUACCACCCCACCAUCUACCACCCCACCAGCUACCACCCCACCAGCUACCACCCCACCAGCUACCACCGCACCAGCUACCACCGCACCAGCAACCACCCCACCAGCUACCACCCCAACAGCAACCACCCCAACAGCAACCACCCCAACAGCAACCACCCCAACAACUGCCACCCCAACAACUGCCACCCCAACAACUGCCACCCCAACAACUACCACCACCACAACUACUGUCAGAACGUGACUACAAACAGUCGUCUGGAUUUUCAGGACCUGAUCCGUUGCCACCUCCCAGACCAGAAGUUAACGAUACCGACAAAAAUGAAUUACUAACUGAUAAUAACCUGAUAAGCUGUGACCUGUGUGAAGUGGAGGUGUCGAAUGGGCAGGAGCUGGAGGAGCACCUGGACAGUAAGACGCACUGGGACACACUGGAGUUUAUCCAGAAGCACAACAACUACGACGACAUGGUCAUAGCCUUCCUCCAGGAUGUGAUGCUGUACAAAAGCCGAAAGUGUAGUCGUGCAAUUGAAGACACUGCACUUCAAGCUCUGCAGGACUACGAUCACAUGACCAAGGUGGAAAUGUUUCACUGUGCGGCCUGUAACGCCUUUGUCCCCACAUGUGCCUCCGCUGUUCAGAAUCACAUCACCACACAAGGACAUAUCACUAACACAAAGAAGUUCAAAGAUCGACAGAGACGGUUGUGCGUGAAUAAAGCCAGCACAAUGAUGAAGGAGCUCACCCCACAGUUUCAGUCUUUUGUAAAGGGUCUAAGUCCAUUUGAAUGACUGGGAACCUAAAGAGGAAUGAAACCAUGAUCACAAUUAGUAUUUUUUUUAAAUAAAACUUUUCUCAGAGUA